AUGCAGGAAACCAGUCAACGAUACGUCGACACUAGUCAAAUGGUGAGCUGGAUAAAGACCUACGACGACACCAUGAUCGAUAUCCAUAACCAGAUGGAUGUUGACGAGUUCUACAACCUGCUGUUCGACCGAUGGGAGUCGCAAAUGGCGUCCGCAGGCAAAAGAAACGCCUUCCGUGCAUUCUAUGGUGGUCAACUCGUUCAGCAGGUUCGAUCGAAGGAGUGCGAUCACAUUUCGGAACGUCUCGAACCUUUUUCUGCCAUCCAGUGCGACAUUAAAGGCAAAACGACCCUUCUUGAUAGUCUUCGGGAUUACGUUGAUGGGGAGAUCAUGGAAGGAGAAAACAAGUACAAAUGCUCGACUUGCGACCGCCACGUCGAUGCUGUAAAAAGAGCUUGUCUUAAAGACAUUCCCGACAAUCUUAUCUUUCACCUCAAACGUUUCGAUUUCAACUUGCGCACUCUCACGAGAAGUAAGAUCAAUGACUACUUCUCCUUCCCGAACAGAAUCGAUAUGCGGCCCUACACUGUCGAAUAUCUGAAUCAAGAGUCUCCGACGAGCGAGGAAGAUGUGUUUGAGCUCGUUGGCGUUCUCGUUCACUCCGGAACCGCGGAAUCUGGCCACUAUUACUCCUAUAUUCGUGAACGGCCGUCGACUGCGGAUCUGGAGACCUGGCUCGAGUUCAAUGACGAGGCUGUAUCGACUUGGGACGCUGCACAGCUUGAGGCGGCUACCUUUGGAGGUCCCGACACGAAUCAGGUCAACGAUGCCAACAGCGUUGCCUACGACAAAUCUUACAGCGCCUACAUGCUGUUCUACCAACGCUCUUCUGUCCUGAGGGCAUCGCGGCAAGAGAUGCAAGCUCAAGGCUUAGUGCCACCCCUACAUGUUGACAUCAUUCCGGACCUGCAUGAAGUCAUCAAGAACAACAAUACGGUGUUUCUUCGAAGACAUUGUCUGUUCGAUCGCAAUCACGCCGUCUUUGCUCUUCAAUUUUUUGAAUUUAUGAUGUCUUUCAAUAACGGCCAGUGCUCUCUCGAGCAUCAAACAGAGCGGAGCGCCAUGGCUAUGCUUCUCGGACACCUAGAUCAAGUCGUUGGACGGAGCAAGACGAGCGUUCUCUUCCAGAGAUACAAGACCAGCUUGCAAACACGGUUCCGGAACUGUCACAAAUGCGCAGAAGCGUUCCUCGACUAUUUUGUCGGGCGUCCGGAGGCAUUUCGACAAUUGGUGCAACGGAACCCCGAGCCAUCUUACCGUCUCGCAACAGGCGACAUGUUGAUCAUUGCGCUUGAAGAAAUUCGAGAACACGACCCUGCCUAUUAUGGUCCGGAGGCGCCGCCGGCCGACGACGAAAUCCUCGUUCAAAACUCGGCGAUCGACGGUGCGUUGAUUCUGUUUCGAAAAAUCUUUGAGAAUUUUCAUUGCAACCUGCGUUCGUGGAACGAGUGCUUCCACUUGAUCUUGAGGUUUGCUGAGCUGGGCGAAGCUGAAACAGCUGCUCUACUUCACGACGAUUGGUUGAAGGACCUCAUGUUUGUUAUCGCAGCUGACGCCAACUACCCUGGCCUGCCGGAGCACUACGUCAUGUUGGUUCGUGGCCUGUCUCGCAGGAUGUCUAACAAGCCUCCGUCAUACGACGUGAUUAUCCAGCUUAUCAACCAUCUGAUGAAAGCCCUCGAGCCACUCGUGCAAGACGAUAUGGUCGAGGAAGCAAACGAACGUCUCGCUCUUUAUCUAGAGGACCCGUCGCAGCCGCUUCCUUGGACUUCAGAAGAGGUUAAUGUACUGUUCGCUGAAGACAGGGACUACGGCGGCAGCUUCUUUGUGCGGCGACUUCUCGAGAUCGAUCAAGAGCGACAAGACACUUGCGCCAUCAUUCGCCGUCUGGCCAAGGGCGACGAACACAUGCAGAAGUGCGUGACCCGAGUGCUUGGGAAUAUGAUUUCUGGCAAGGCUGAAAUGCACUCCAUGGUGCCUUUCCUGUGGGCGGCGCUGACGUUUGUCACCCACUGCAAUGAUCCGGACACGUCCCAGCAGGUGCUGCAACACGUUACUCAGGCGUGCAGGGUGUUGGAGAACAACGAGGGAAAAUCGUUCCUUGAUUUUUUCCAGCGAGCGAUACAAGCGCUGGUCUGCAUGCCGCUGGCAGAAGCCAAACCGGGUCUUAUGAUGCACCUGGAGCUGGUACCGCUCUGGGGUCCUGGGUUGAUCGGAUGUGUUGACAAACGAUCUGCAAGCCUGGCUCAGCAGUGGAUCGAGGGCUUCCUCGUCAGAUACGAGACGCAAUGGGCACAUGAGGACGCAGAAUUGCACGACAGGGUAGUCCAGGCUGCCAGGCAGCUCGGUGUUGGCUGCCUUCAGUACCUUCAGGAGCAGUACGUGCUUGCCGAGCGGCAAGUAGUGGGGUCGACGAUCGAGCCGCUGCACAAGAUGAUCGUCGCCAGCGAGGCAUAUUUUGAAAUAGACAUUGACGGCGGCGUGUCGCGGGAGGGGUUCCAUCACCUCAAGGAAGGCAAGUCGAAGACAUGGAUCCUCGAGUCGGUAGAGCGUCUGUUGAUCGACGAGCUGGAUGAGGACGGUUCCGACUGGGAGGACUCGUCGUCGGAUCAGAUGAAGAGCAUGACGGAUGUUCAGCUGCGGGCUCUGAGUGGCUGA